UAAAAAUCCCCCCACCCCCAACCCCCUUCCCUCCUUCCUAAAAUACUCCUCAAACAAAUCAGACAAUUACCAAGGAAAAGUCCGUUAAUUUGUUUAAUUAAUUAAUUAAUCCAAAAUCCAACCAUGGUUAUCUCUUUAACUCUUUAAAACCCUAUUGACCAUAGUUUAUACAAACAACAACAAAACAUGCAGUAUGGAUUUAGAAGGAGCAUACCCUCAAUGCCCUCAAUCUCCUAUCUUUCCCUCUUUGGUCUGCAAGAACAAAUAUAUAUUUGGGCAAAAAGUUGAAUUUUAGUCCUUGCUCAUAACGGGGGUUAGUGUUUUUGCUUACUCUGGUUCUGGAGCUGCAAACACUGGUUUGUUAUCUACUUUUUUAUGCCAUUUUUAUAUCUAAGUGCAUAUUCUUUAAUAGAUAGUAUUUUCUAUAUAGUUAAUUGUAACUUGGAGUUUCAAGAUUUUGGGAUCUGAAUGUGGGUUUUGGAAUUUCGGGUAUUCAAGAAAAAGAUUGAAUCUUUUUGUUUUGGAGAAAAAGGGAUUUUUUUUUUCCAGUUCUUGUUACAGUCUUUUUGUGGUUUAUAUCAAAUUUGAGAGAAGUUGAAGUUUUUAGUAUUUGGGUAUUUGUUAUUUAUUGUUAGAAAUGACUGUAUUGUGGAGUGAUGAGGAUAAGACAAUGGUGGCAGCUGUAUUAGGAGCAAAAGCUUUUGAUUACUUGAUGUCUAGUUUAGUUUCUGCUGAAUGUUCUUUAAUUUCAAUGGGAAGUAAUGAGAAUUUGCAGAAUAUAUUGUCAGAUCUUGUGGAACGCCCGAAUGGAAGUAAUUUUAGUUGGAAUUAUGCUAUUUUUUGGCAGAUUUCGCGGUCUAAGUUAGGGGAAUUGGUGUUAGGAUGGGGAGAUGGUUGUUGUAGAGAAGCUAGGGAAGGAGAGGAAUCUGAAGUUACUGGAAUUCUGAAUUUACACCUUGAGGAUGAGGCUCAACAAAGGAUGAGGAAAAGGGUACUUCAGAAAUUGCAUACGUUCUUUGGUGGAACAGAUGAAGAGAACUAUCUGUUUGGAUUGGAUAGGGUUACUGAUACUGAGAUGUUUUUUCUUGCCUCAAUGUACUUUUCGUUCCCUCAUGGGCAAGGUGGUCCGGGGAAGUGUUUUGGUGCUGGUAAGCAUGUGUGGUUAUCGGAUGUCAUGAAGUCGUCUGUAGAUUAUUGUUCUAGAUCUUUUUUGAUGAAGUCUGCUGGUAUGCAAACCAUUGUUUUGAUCCCAACUGAUGUAGGAGUUGUGGAAUUGGGAUCAGUAAGAGCUAUAUCCGAAAGCUUGGAGCUUGUGAAGUCAAUAAAAUCUUGUUUCUCGUCAUUUUCGUCUCUUGGUAGGGCUAAGCAAGCGGCAUCUGUAACAGUUGUAGCUGAGAAAAAGGAUGGAAAUAGUUCCAUGUUUUCCAGCUCUUUUCUUCGUGAUCAGUCAAACGGAAAUCCUAAGAUUUUCGGGCAGAAUUUAAAUUCUGGUUGUGCGCAAUUUAGGGAAAAACUACUUGUUAGGAAACCGGUGGACAGGCCACUGGAAACUUACAGAAAUGGAAACAAGGGUCCCUUCGUGAAUGCACAAAAUGGUGUAUGCCCCGUAUCAUGGGCUUCAUUUGGUAAUGUGAAGCCAGUGAACUCAGCGGAGCUCUACAGUCCUCAGGCCCCAACAAACAACUUACGAAAUUUUGCUGUCAAUGGUGCUAGGGAAGAGUUCCGGUUAAAUAAUCUCCAGCAUCAAAAGCAUCAAAAGCCUGGUGGAAUGCAAAUAGAUUUCACCAACUCAAGGCCUGUUGUUUAUCCAGUGCACACUGUUGAAUCAGAGCAUUCAGAUGUUGAAGUUUCAUGUAAGGAAAACCAUGCUGGACCAGCUGAUGAAACAAGGCCUCGAAAGCGUGGACGAAAACCAGCCAAUGGGAGGGAAGAGCCCCUCAAUCAUGUGGAGGCGGAGAGGCAGCGGAGGGAAAAGCUGAACCAGCGGUUCUAUGCAUUACGAGCUGUUGUUCCAAAUAUUUCCAAAAUGGACAAAGCUUCUCUUUUAGGAGAUGCCAUUGCUCACAUCACUGACAUGCAGAAGAAGAUUAGGGACAUGGAGUCUGAGAGGGGAAGACUAGGAAGCCCAAAUUCAGAGACUCAAACCCGAGUAGCUGAUAUCAACAUUGAAGCUGCCGGUGACGAAGUCAUUGUAAGGGUUAAAUGCCCACUGGAAAUCCAUCCUUUAUCAAAAGUCAUCCAAGUGUUCAAAGAGGCACAGGCCAAUGUUGUUGAAUCGAAAGUUGCCGCAGGGAAUGAUACAGUUUAUCAUACAUUUGUGGUCAAGUCCAGUGGAUCCGAACAGCUGACAAAGGAAAAGUUAAUGGCUGCAUUUUGCGGUGAAUCAAACUCUCUACAGCCACAUUCUCAUCAGUAGGAUAACAAAAACAUCAUAUUUGAUCGUCUCUAGGCAUAAACUGUAGUCGACAUUCCAUUUCAUUGUUUCUGCAAAGGUUUUAGUAUACAACAGUUUAGAAGUAGAGGAGACAACUUGUUAUUGACCAAGUAGCAGCAAUUCUUUGCUUUAUCUGUUAUUAGUGUACAUGUUUGUCAUAAGAAAGCUAGUUGAAUAGAUUUGCAAGCUUAAAUCUCUUUUGCGUUAUGCUA